AAAACUUGGCACAGUUUAUAGUCGUCUCUCGAGAGGCUAGUGUAUAUUGUUAAGCAGGAAAAAUAUUGAAUCAAUCAGUACGAGUGAUGGUAUAGUUAAGUGUCAAAAAUCAAAUGGUUUUCGCUGCUACGCUACCUACAUACCCCAAUCUCGUUAACCAAAAUGAUGUGGUUCCUCGUUAUGUGUUUCCUCAUAUUGCUGACAAUCAAAGUUGCCAUAAUAGAUCUCUAUCGGCCCAAAAAAUUUCCGCCUGGGCCUCGAGGCUUGCCAUUCGUCGGCAAUCUAUUGGAUCUCAAUAGAAUAGUCAAAAAAACAGCUUCUCACGGCAGAGCUUGGUGUCUUUUAGCCGAAAAGUAUGGGCCCGUAGUAGGUCUUCGUUUGGGAUUCGCAGAUCCAAUAUUGAUCGUUUCAGGACGUGAUGCCGUUCUCGAGUUGCUCAGACGUCAGGAAUUUGACGGUAGGCCAAACGGUUUUGUGUUUACACAUAGAACUAUGGGCGAAAAGCGUGGUGUCAUGUUUUCCGAUGGAAAAGUUUGGUUCGAACAGAGAAGAUUUUCCAUUCGGAAUUUAAAAGUCCUCGGCUGGGGUGGACAAACCAUGGAACAAAUGAUUCUUGAGGAUGCUCAAAAUUUCACGAAGUUCAUUGAACGAAAGUGCAAAAAUGGGAACAUCAAUAAUAUGAAAACUUUCACCUCACUCGCAGUCCUCAAUAGUUUAUGGUCGAUAAUCAAAGGAUCGAGGUACGACCUGGAAAGCGGAGAUCCGAAAGUAAUGAAGACAUUAGAAACGAUGAACCGAGCGGUCAAAAAUUCAAACGUGACGGGUGGUAUUCUCAACCAUUUACCGUUUCUGAGGCACGUAGCUCCAAAAUUUUCAGGUUAUGACGAAUUAAAUGAGAGACUGAAUAAAACUUGGAUAUUUUUCGCGGAUGAAGUAACACGGCACAAAGAUUCCUGGCAGCCAGGAAUAAGGCGAGAUUUCAUUGACGUUUAUCUUGAAGAGAUCGAAGCCCGUAAGAAUGAUCCAACCUCUACAUUCAAUGAAAUGCAAUUAGUCGCUUUGCUCAAAGAUUUUUUUGCUGCCGGCAUCGACACGACGUCGAACAGCAUUGAAUUCACUAUCGGCUACAUGACCGUCUGCCCGGAUAUUCAGGACAAAGUUCAAGCAGAAUUGGACAAAGUUAUUGGCAAAGAUAAUUUGCCAUCUCUAGCGUUUAGAAAUUCAUUGCCCUAUUUGAACGCUGUAUUGAAAGAAGUUUUGAGAAUCAGUAACAUCGGACCGACCACAAUUCCCCAUCGUGCAACGGUCGAUUCAACGUUCAUGGGUUACGAAAUAAAGAAAAAUUACACCGUUUUGCCCAAUCUGAUGAGUGUACACAUGGACAAGGAACAUUGGGGAGACCCCGAAGCAUUCAGACCCGAAAGAUUUAUCGAUGAACAUGGAGAAUUCGUCAACGACCCGUGGCUCAUACCAUUUGGAUCAGGUCGAAGAAAGUGUUUGGGUGAAACUCUCGCCAAAAAUACUCACUUUCUCUUCGUCGUCUGUCUCCUGCAGAAAUUUCGUUUCAAGUUGCCCAAUGGUCAAGCACCACCAUCGAUGCUGGGAAAAGAUGGAUUUACCAUGUCAGCGCCAGAGUUUGAUAUUGUCGUGACACCCCGAUGAAUCGGACACUAUAAUUGUUGCGUCGACAUGAAUUUUUGUUAUUUCUCCACGUACAACCAUCGAUCUUGUUUACUCGCAUUCAGAGCAUUGAUUUAUGAACGUUCACAUUUUGUAAUGCGGUAUACAUUUUUCUUAACGUACGAUUUACUUAAAA